UAACUCAUUCUCUGAACCCAACGAUCUUUACCGUCUCAUAAUUAAUAAGCUGAGUCAUAAAUACUCAUACUCCCACCAAUUCACAAUACUACCUUUAAGUUGCAAUCGCCAACCACAAGCUACCAGUUUUCAGUUUAAGAUGCUUCCCUCGUUUCUGAGCCCCGUCUCCGCCUACGGCCUCUACCUCCGCCGCUGCUUCACGGCCGCGGGCCUCUCCUCGUACACGCUGGACGUCGAUCACGAAACCACGGUUCACUUUUGGGCCCCAACGAAUCGAACGGCCCAAAAGCCUGCCGUGGUUCUGAUCCACGGGUUUGGGCCUGCGGCCAUAUGGCAGUGGCGGCAACAGGUUCAAUUCUUGGCCCCUCACUUCAACGUGUACGUUCCGGACCUGAUAUUCUUCGGAGGGUCGAGCAGCACAUCGAGCGAAAGGAGCGAAACGUUUCAGGCAGCGUCGGUGGGGAAGCUUCUGGAUAAAUUGAAGGUGGAGAAAUUCCAGGUGGUGGGAACGAGCUAUGGAGGCAUGGUGGCUUACAAUUUGGCGAAGAUGUUCGGGGAAGAGAGGGUUGAGAAAGUGGUGAUUGCAAGCUCCGGUGUUAACAUGAAAAGGAGCAACAACGUGGCUUUGGUGCAGAGGGCCGAAUUGGAGAAAAUCGAAGACCUCAUGUUACCUGCCACACCACAACAACUGCGAAAAUUGAUGUCGCUCUCCGUCUACAGAACUCCGCAAUUCCUCCCCCAUUUUUUACUCAACGACUUCUUACAUAAACUAUACAGCGAGAAUCGGAAGGAAAAAAAGGAGCUUCUGAAAGGAUUAACCAUCGGAAAGGAUGAAUCUUCAACACUUUCGCCUCUUCAACAAGGGGUUCUCAUAGUGUGGGGCGAACAAGACCAAAUAUUUCCCGUGCAAAUGGCCCGCGAACUGAAAGAAAUAAUCAGUAGGAAGGCUCGAUUGGAAUUGAUUAAGGAGGCAUCCCAUGUGCCUCAAAUGGAGAAGCCAAGAGAAUUCAACAACAUUCUCCUUAAUUUUUUGCAAGCCCAUUCUUGAGUAAUUUUUUCAUUACCACUGCAAACUACAUUAAAUCCAUGCUUUGUCUGGAUCCAUUUUUAUAAUUAAUUAUACCAUUAUGUUUUUUCA